GACAAAGCAAUGUCUUAAAGUUAUUUUCACUCUUAAGACCUGAGAGUCAGAUUCAGUGUCAUACUUUAUUGUCUGCAGGGGGGAAAUUUGCUUUACAGUUCGCACGCAUGGCACACAUCGAAUAUAUAACAUUUAAGCACAUAAGAAUGUUCAGCGCAUAUAACACCCACACCCAACACAAAAUCACAUAUGACAUUCAGCGCAUAUAACAUAUAACACCCAGCACAAGUCACAAUAUCACAAACAGCUGCAUGAGAGAUAUGAUGGUGGAAAACCCUCUACCUCCUGCUGAGGUUGUUCAGGGCAGAUAUGGCUGUGUGGAUGGAGCUCUUGACAUAUAGUGUCCUUUAGCAAGUUAUUUGUUUGUAUCCGAUACUGGAGGGGAGGACUGUGAAACAUGGGUUGAGGGGAUUGAGAGAUGUCUCUCACCAUAUUUCCGUUCUUGUAAUGAAAUGAAAUCCUUUUGCAAUAUGUGCUCUUUUUAUUCAGAAUUCUGCCUUGUGGUCUUAGAUAUAUGUUGAAUUAUAUUGUAUGUGCCAGAAUAAUGUUACUGCAUGCCAUUAACAGACCUCUCACAUAGAAUGUGAAUGCUGUUGUCUGUAGUGUUUUGUAAGGUCUGGAGAGUGUGACGCUAGGAAUUCAUUUAGGCAUUACAGAAAAAAGAUUAAUGUUUCCCUUGCCAUGUUUAUGCUGAUUUUAUGUCAGUUAUUCACAUUUGAAGACAAAGGAUUCAAGUCUAAAACCAAUUCAAUCAAAUGUAGGGAAAGUUCUAAUUUUCACAUUCGCAUAUUAGCUUUCGCCUUUUUGGUUUUGGGGGAAAAAGUAAAUAUAUUUUUUUUCCUGUGCUGGAUAAACAGUGUCAUCUUCAUUUCGUUUUAAUAGUGUGUUGCAUUGUUUUAAAGAUAACGCAUGUGGAGUUUCUGUCUUGUGUAGCUUUUCAUAUGUAUAUCAGAAACGUGUGAAGUUAAAUUUGUAGGGGUUUUAAAAAAAGAGCUACAACAAGAUAGAAGAAAAAUUGGAAGGAGGAAAGAGUACUGUGAUUAAUCCUGCUAAAUGUCAUUGCAAAAUAAAGGGAAACGCAAAAAAUAUCUGACAUAGCACAUCAUUUAAACAAGUCUAGUUGCUGACUUGUCCCUCCUGCCCAGGUUAACUGCAGUUUAUUCACAUGGGCACGUGGUGACACUAUAGACCAUGACAUCUCGGCGAUGUUUCAGAAGACACGAGACUCCUCCCAGAAAAAAAAGAAAAGGAUGAUGAUGAUGUUUCUCGGGGCUUUGUUACAAAGAGGCGAAGGCCAAGACAGAACCACAUAAUCGUCUGUCUGACAGAAACGCAAGGAAGUGGAUCUUUAUGAUUUUACUAUACAACGAGUAUUUUACGGUCGUAGUUGGAUUAUGCUUUGUGUUUUUUUGGUCUGGGUUCAAUCAUGUAUCUCAUACGCGGAACGCACCCUUUUCGGAUACAUUUUGCCGUUGUGCUGCUGAGUUACUGCUGGGAAGCGGUGUCUGGACAGCUCUCGUAUUCCGUCUCAGAGGAGGUAAACCCGGGUACCGCUGUGGGAAAUAUCGCCAAGGAUCUGAAUCUCAGUGUGCAGGAUCUAGAGUCUCGUGUCUUUCAGAUCGUUAGCGGAUCGAAGAAGAAAUAUUUCGAUGUGAAUCUGAAAACGGGCGUUCUGUAUGUCAAUGAAAGAAUAGACCGAGAAGAGCUUUGUGCAAAGGCAACAAAAUGUACGGUCAAUUUAGAGGCCGUGAUCAACAAUCCACUAAAGCUUUAUCGGUUAGAGAUAACAAUAAGAGACGUAAAUGACAACGCGCCGAUUUUCUCUGAGCAACUACAAUCGAUUGAUGUUCCAGAAAAUACUUUACCGGGCGCAAAAUUUGCACUGAUAGAAGCAUCAGAUUUGGAUGUUGGAAAGAACGGCGUUAAUACAUACAAGCUUAACAAUAAUGAUUAUUUUGCAUUAGAGGUUCACAAAGGAGGAGACAGUGCGUCUGCCGAGUUAGUGCUGCAGAAAGCGUUAGACCGUGAGCAUGACUCUGUGUUAAAACUCACACUGACUGCAAUAGACGGAGGAAAUCCUUCAAAAUCAGGAACCUCACAAAUAAUUAUUACCGUUUUAGAUAUUAAUGACAACCAUCCUGUUUUCAGUAGAUCUUUGUACAAACUUCAGAUUCCUGAAAACUUGCCACUGGGAUCUACCGUGAUCACGCUGAAUGCGACAGACGUAGACGAGGGUUUAAACAGUGAAAUAGAAUACUCUUUAAGAAAGAAAGGCCAGGAUCAGAUUUUAGAUUUAUUCCAAAUUGAUUCUAAAACGGGUGCAAUUUUAGUCAAAGGUAAGAUCGACUAUGAGGAAAAUCCUGCCUUUGAAAUUCAUGCUCAGGCUAGUGACAAGGGUCAACCUCCGAUGUCUGCUCAUUGUAAAGUGUUGAUAGAAGUGGUGGAUCUGAACGACAAUGCUCCCGAGAUCACCGUCACGUCACUAUUAAACACAGUGAGAGAGGACGCUGAAGUGGGAACAGCUAUUGCUCUGGUCUCUGUGCUGGACAAAGAUGGUGGAAAAAACGGGGCAGUAAAAGCUGUUAUUGCAAAUAAGAGCCCAUUUAAGCUGGACACAAAUUAUAAAAAUUAUUACUCCUUAGUAGUGAACGGCCCACUUGAUAGAGAGAGUCAAACACAAUACAGUGUCACUAUAGUGGCAACUGAUGAAGGGACUCCACCUCUCUCCAGCACCAGCAUAGUUACUGUUCAUGUUUCUGAUGUCAAUGACAACCAGCCUCACUUCUCAGAGGCGCUUAUUAAUGUUUAUGUAAAAGAGAACAGUCCAGUAGGAGCAGUUCUUAAAACUGUGACUGCAUCUGAUGCUGAUGUUGAUAAAAAUGGUCAGGUGAGCUAUUCAUUUUUACAAAGUAGCAGUGACUCCCUGCCAGUGUCUACAAUGGUGAACAUCAACUCAGAGACUGGAGACAUUAUCAGUCUUCAGUCUUUCAACUUUGAGGAAUUAAAAACAUUUCAGUUCAAAGUUCAAGCCACAGAUUCUGGUGUUCCUCCACUCAGCAGCAACGUGACUGUAAAUAUUUUUAUUCUGGAUGAAAAUGACAAUAACCCAACUAUUCUUGCGCCUUAUUCUGAGCACGGCUCCAUUAACAGUGAGAACAUCCCCUAUUCUGCUGAAGCUGGAUACUUUGUAGCUAAGAUCAGGGCUGUAGACGUAGACUCUGGAUACAAUGCUCUGCUUUCUUAUCACCUGUCUGAGCCCAAAGGAAACAACCUGUUCAGGAUCGGAACCAGCACCGGGGAGAUCAGGACUAAGAGGAGAAUGAGUGACAAUGAUCUGAAAACUCACCCCUUGGUGGUGCUGGUCUCUGAUAGUGGAGAACCCUCCCUGUCAGCUACUGUGUCUAUUGAAGUGGUGGUGGUUGAAAGCACUGCUGACAUCCAGACUCAGUUCAGACAUGUGCCUAUAAAGGAGGACAACUUCUCUGACUUGAACCUGUAUCUGCUCAUCGCCAUUGUCUCAGUGUCAGUGAUCUUUCUGCUGAGCCUCAUCAGUUUAAUAGCUGUCAAAUGCCACAGGACAGACAGUUUCAGCAGGUACAGCGCCCCCAUGAUCACCACCCACCCUGACGGGAGCUGGUCUUACUCUAAAUCUACUCAGCAGUACGACGUGUGUUUCAGCUCAGACACACUGAAGAGUGAUGUAGUGGUUUUCCCUGCACCGUUUCCACCUGUAGAUGGUGAGCUGAUCAGUAUUAAUGAAGGAGACACUUUUACCAGGACACAGACUUUACCAAACAAAGAAAAGGUAAGAAUACAUUAGACAUUUUUAUUUAUU